AUGGCGUUCUAUGAUGACAAAAGCAAAGACAUCGACGUCCACCUUCACGCCAGCUCGACCGACGACACAUCAGGCUCUGACCGAGACGGUUCCGAUGUGAUCCAAGCAACACCCAAGAGAAAAUGGCAAUCCUACCUCUGGGACAGUCUCGACAAGUCUCCCGAAGAGCGAAGGUUUUUGUUCAAGCUCGACGCGGCAGUCCUCACGUUCGCCAGUCUGGGAUAUUUCAUCAAGUACCUGGACCAGAUCAACAUCAACAAUGCUUUCGUUUCCGGGAUGAAGGAAGAUCUGGGCCUGUAUAAGAACCAGCUCAAUUACAUGCAGACGUGCUGGACCGUUGGUUAUGUCAUUGGAGAAGUUCCAUCAAACAUGGUCCUCACUCGCGUCCGGCCCAGCAUUUGGAUCCCAGCAAUGGAACUUACCUGGACGGUCCUUACAUUCUGUCUCGCUAAAUGCAACAGUGCCGGUUCCAUCUAUGCUCUUCGCUUCCUUAUCGGCCUCGCGGAAUCCACGUUUUACCCGGGAAUGGUAUACGUGAUCGGGAGUUGGUACAGAAAGGACGAGCUCGCCAAACGGUCUUGCAUCUUCCACACCAGUUCCGCAAUUGGCAGCAUGUUUUCGGGGUAUCUCAUGGCCGCCGUGUACCAUCUCAAUGGUCGAGGCGGCCUCCGCGGAUGGCAGUGGCUCUUCAUUGUGGAUGGCAUCAUCUCCUUACCGAUUGCUCUGUCGGGGUUUAUUCUUCUGCCGGACGUCCCUGAAAUCACUCGAGCAUGGUACUUUUCACCCGCGGAGCGUGAAUAUGCCAAGAAACGGAUGAAGCUGGAAGGCCGGGCCCAGCGGGCCCCGUAUACCAAAGCCAAAUUCAAGAAAAUCUUCACCUCCUGGAAGAUAUACCUUCUCGCAACACUCUACUUUGCCUUCAACAAUGCCGGGUCCGGCGUGAGUCAGCCAACGUUCGCACAAUAUCUGAAGGACUCGAAGAAUCCCAAAUACACGGUAUCGCAGAUCAACACGUAUCCGACCGCGACUUAUGCAGUUCAGAUUCUCAGCACACUCAUAUACGCGUGGACGUCUGAUUCGGUAUUCCGUGGCGCUCGGUGGCCGCCCAUUGUUUUCGGUGGCGUGGUGUGCAUAGUAUGCUAUUCGAGCCUUGCAGUGUGGAACAUUCCAGUCGGGUGGCAUUGGGCAUGCUACAUCAUCGCCGGUUGUGGAGGCGGUCUCAGUGGACUGUGCAUGGCAUGGGGACAUGAGAUUUGCUCGGACGACAAUGAGGAACGCGCAAUCGUCGUGGGAACGAUGAACGAAAUAGCUUACGUCUUCCAGGCGUGGCUACCGCUCAUUGUGUGGCAGCAGGUCGAUGCGCCUGAAUACCACAAAGGCUUCGUGACCUCGGCAUGCUUGGACGCUCUCAUGAUCGUAACCGCUUUAGUGAUCAGAGUCUUAUGGAAGAGGGAGCAAGCGAAGAAGAAGCAAACCAGCAAUGCCUAA